UCUUCCAUUUAAUCAGCACAGGAAAAAAAAAAAAACCCAAAACCCAAAAUCAGUAUUAUUAAUAAUAAAACAAAACAAGCAAUAUUAAUUGAAGCAGUAGUGUUUACUGGCGGCGAAAGAGGAAGGGAAGUGACGGCAACAGAGGAAUGAAAAGUGAUGGGUUGAUAACAACGGAGCAAGGAAAGUGAACUCAGACAGAGAGCUUGAAGCAUAGGGAGGGAGGGAGGAAAGAAGGGAGAGAGAGAGAGAGAGGAUGACGAUCGACCGAGCAAUUUUCGUGACGUUGAUGCCAGGGGUCAACAUUUCCUUCGUGCGACGGUGAGUAGAAGAGGAAAGAUGAGAAGGGUUCGACGAUGAGAAAAAUGCAAUGGCACCCACGGUUUCUGCCGGCGGCGACAGCAUAAUCUACCGGAGAAGAAGAGUUCGGUCAUGGGGGAUAAUAAUGGUGGGCUAGUGGCUGGGUUUAGGUUAGGAUUAGGUUUCUGAUGCUCAGAGAGAUGAAAGAAAGGGGUGGGUUGGCGUGGGUUUUCUUUCUGAGAGAAACGGUGCGUUGGAGCUUAUACAUUCGAACUGAAAAUCCUAAAAAAAAAAAUCGGCCAGUUUUAACAGUUUAUCAAUUAACUAUCAGUUCAUCCGGUUUUUAACCUGAUUUUUUUUAGGACAAUUCUAUGCCUCAAUAGUAUUGGUCAAGUGACGGAUUUUCAGAAUAUUGGUCCAAAUUAUGAAAUUUAUCAUCUUUUAUCCUAGGUCAAACAUGUUUUUUUUAUGUUAGUAAGUUAUAAUUUAAAUGACAUAAUUUUCUUCUUCUCAUCUAUAAAUCUUGGGUUCGAAUCCCACAUGUUGCAACCGAUAAAAAAAAAAUCUCCUCGAUAUUGCUGCUGCAACUUGUGAUAAAUGCGGGAGUAAAAAAAAUGUUCUCUCAUAAAAAUCAAAUGCAAAAAGCAUGAAUGCCCAGCUUUGACAGCACUAUCAGAAAAAAUAUAGUAAACAAUGGUUGGGUAUUGGUUACCGAAUGGAAUUCAGUCAGUCUCUUUUAAGAAUUAGUUUAAAAGAGAGAGAGAGAAAGAAUAGAGCACAAGGUUUUCUGAAGCGGAGAAGCAAAGGCAGCAAUCUGUAACUGCGUGGUAGGAUUCUCGAUUUGAGCUUUUGCUGAACUGAGACCGCAUCAUGAGCCAGCAUACACAAUCGCAGGGCUCCAGUUCCAGUUCCGCCAGUUCUGAUGUUAACAGCGAAGUGGAAUUUGUGGAAUUUGUCCCUACGAUUGUGAAGCAUGGUGAACAUGAGAAGCUGGAAUUGCUUUCAGAAGUGUAUCACCGAGCAAGCGGGGGUGCUGCAACACAAGCAUCUUAUUAUUCCUCCGACAUUCUGAAAGAAUUCAAGACCCCUACGAAGAACACAGUGCUACAUGUAGCAGCUUUCUACGGAAAUGAUGAGAUGGCAGAUCACGUGGCGCGACAAGAACCUGAUCUUAUAGCGUCCCUCAACGAAAACCAGGACACUCCCCUUCAUGUUGCUGCAAGAGCUGGGCAUUUCUCGAUUAUUAAAAGGCUCUUGGAUGCUUAUAAUGGGGGUGAAGCAAGAUUAAUGGAUCUCAUGAAAAUGAAGAACUGGCAAGGGAACAUUAUGCUACACGAAGCCAUGAUGAGCAGCACGGGAACUAUGAUUUUCGAUGUACUUGAGGAAUCAUCAUCAAUAUCAUUCUCACAUGAUUGUUAUGAGUUAGCAUUGGAUGAAGUAAAUGGGGAAGGGAAAUCGGUGUUGUCCUUGGCGGUUGAGGCUAGGCUCAUGGAAGCUGUUAACAGAAUAUUGGACAAGUGCCCCGAGAAUGCCACGCCAAAGGGAUUAUCACCCCUUCUAGUAGCCAUCUCCAACCGGGAUAGAGAUAUGAUGAGCACCAUAUUGGGAAAGAAAGAAGAAUGGAUACAUUUAAGGGACCCGUAUGGAGGGGUUGCUCUUCAUUUUGCAGCAGGUUUAGGUUACCUUGAAGGUGUUGUUUUUUUACUCGAUAGAUGCAAGACUUGCAGCAUUGAGAAAGACCAAUCAGGGUACCUGCCAAUUCAUCUAGCGGCUGGCCGAGGCCAUGUGGAAGUGGUUAAGGAAUUGUUACUAUACUGCACAGAUCUGAACGAGAUGAGGGAUGGACGUCUCAAUAAUAUUCUUCACAUUGCAGCUAAUAGUGGAAAGCUUGAAGUGGUGCGCUACAUCCUUCAAACUCCUCAGCUUGACAUGAUGAUCAAUCAAAAGAAUCGGUCAGGAGAGACUCCUUUGCAUGGGGCUACCGAUUGGGGUCGUCCCAACAUUGUCUAUGCCUUAACAAGUGACCACCGGGUUGAUCUUAACGUGGUUAGCUCAAGUAAGGAAAUGCCUCUUGACACUGCAAUUAAAAGGUAUUAUGCCGGUGGGACAGGGAAAACACCCCUUCGACGGUCGCUCACAUGGAUUGCACUAAAAUCUCUCGCUGGCGUUCAUGGCUGGUAUUUACACAGUUAUAAGCAAACUCACCUGGUUGGCCACAACGUUUCUUGUUAUAACUGCCAUUUUGGUGGCAGUUAUCUUUUUCUUGUACAUGCUCCUUUUCCUCCCAUCAUCCUCUGCAUCCAAGUUCUCUCGCUUCAUCUCCUACUACCCCUUUAUCUUCUUAGCAUCUCUAGCAGAGAAGGAACCUGUAGGACCUGUUUAUUUUACUACCAUUGCUAGCCAAACUAUAAUCCCUGGAACUACAGCGAACGAUGAUAUCUACCGCGUCAACUUCGAAACGAAGCAACCAUCUUAGCUUCUUAUUGUUCUACUGCAUACAUAAAGCUUGUGUUUGUGACUUAAGCUCUUAAAGAGAAAAGAUUGAGAAAGAACUUCACUUAUCACUAGCAUUGAUUUCACUUGUGUAUAAGUAUAGUUGGCACUUGCCACAUGUUUGUAUGUUUGAGGAA